AAUAUUAGCAACACUAGAGAAGUGUUAACCAAGUUUACUGUCCGCUUUUUCGUUAGUAUCUACUCUUGCUCCAACUGUCUAGCCUCUCAUACGCAAGGAAGAAAGAAAACCGUCAAAAGUUACCAAAGUUAACGCAUGCGCAUUUAUUUAGAUCAAACUCUGUGUCUAAUCAUCCACUUAUGCUUUUGAAAACACACAUCUCCAUUAUUUUUCUUGCUUGAAGUAUUUUCAUUCUAUGGUUAUUGUUUAGUGUCAUCUGCGUUUUUAUAUUGAAAUGUAGUUGCUGUCUUUCCUAAGAAGGUCUACAGAUUUAAUGUACAGUUUAGAGUAGGAACUAAACUGUGAUGCGAAAGAUCUUUAAUCCAAGUGGGAAGAAUUUUUAAGUUUUUUAAUUUGGCAGUGCGUUUUUGUUUACUUGUUCUGUUUGGGAUUGUCAUCUCAUGAACACAGAUGAAGGUUCUGCUUUAAUAGUAUUGCACUCAUAAACACGCAUCUUUAAGUUUUUUCAUUCAUAACUAAGAAAUUUUCAUGGACAGAGCUAGUAAAGUAAUUAGGAGGAGUAGCGUACGUCUGAAGUCUUUAGGAGCUGGUCAUUCUGAUCUGAAUAUGGUGAUAUCAGAAUUAAAAGAUUUAAGACAUGCUACUAAAGCUUUUAUGUCAGCACAAAAUUCUGCUUCUCAAGACAUGGAUAUUAUGAGCCAACUGGGAGAACUAAACAGCAUGUGGACUGAUGUUCAAAAGGACUUUAUAGAACAUCUAAAGACAUUCAAGAAUCAUUUUGAAUUAAUCCUUGAAGGAGAAAGGCAGUUAGACAUCGCACAAAGUCAACUGGUGAGUUGUGAGCAACAUGAACAAAGGAUACGUAAGGAAUUAAAAAGAGCUUCUAAGAAAGCAACAGAAGAAGAAAUAAAUAAUUUAGAAAUAAAAUUAUCUCAAGCAGAGCGAGCUAAAUAUCUAGCUCAGUUAGAAGUUGUUGAAUUGGCUCACAAAAAUGAAGCCAUCAAAGUUGUUCGACUUAAAGAUGGUCUCUUAAAAUUGUCAGAAGCUUAUGUGGAACUUGCUAAUAAAUGUGCAAUUAUUUUUGAAGCUCAAAGAGAAGUAUCACAUUAUUUGCCGGAUGUUCAUAGCAGAGAUAUGAAUGAACUGAAGUAUACUGGUUCAGGGGCAUGUAAACAAGCAGUUGCUAAAGCUAGAGAUCGAGUACAACAAUAUAAACGUCACAAUUAUCGUCUAGUACCUUCAAGCUCAAUCAUAGAAGAUCCUCCACCACCUUACACUCCUGGUUUCUACAACCCUGCUACUGGCAGACCAUACAAUGAAGCCACUGAUAACUGCUUGAACAAUCAAGCUCCUGUGAUUCAAAGGCAAAGAGCUGUUGCAGCAGUCACCAUUUCUCCUUCCUGUCCUCCUUAUCCUUCCCCUUCCCCUCCAUAUUAUGUUACCUCUUCCAGUGCGCCCAGCACGAGGCAUUCUACCGAUGUUCAACGAAACCUCGAUAACAACUACGAAGAUGAAAUAUCAGGAGCUAUGGGUGCUACAAAUAUUUGAGAUUAACCUUAAUUUUUUAAUCCAGUCCUUGGAUAUUUUAUUAUUUCUUUAAUGAGUUAGAAAUGAGACAUAUAUUUCCUAAGCCGUUCUAAGUCGAUUUAAUGUGUGUGUGUAUAUAGAAAACUGCAAGAAAAAUGCAAAACAGUUAUUUUUUUCUAGUAUAAUUUAAACUACACACUGCUGCCAUGUGAUGAACAGUGAUAUCCGCCAU